AUGUCCGAAAUCUACAACCCCCACACCCGCACCUGGGAAUACAUCCCCUCCGAGCCCCCCACGGUCUCUACAGCGGCUCCCGAAACCCUCGAACCAGCACCUACUCGCCCCCGAGCCCCGCCGAGAGUGACACCGACCCCUACGCUGACGGCCUCGAGAUGCGGUCGACCCGCCCAGCCACCACCUCCUCGACCUUCGGCCUCAGCACACGGAAACCACGGCGCUCCCCUCCGCGAGCCCCCUUUGGCGGUUCCGAGACUGCUACCCAUAAUUCACACUCAUCAGACCAGAGCUGCUGGCUUGGAAAUGCAGCACUCGUUGUCCCCGCGGCCGAAUGCCGCAAAGAGGAAUAGUAGUGGGAGCUCGGCGGGACGGCCGGUCAUGAAGAAUACGAGGACUUCAUUUACAGCUAAUGGGGACCGGGUCGAGGAGUAUUCCGGGGAAGGGAGUUUGAGGAUCGGGACACAUUGGAUUGAUGACCAGGAUGAGGUUGCGGUGGAAGGGUUGGGGACAAGGGCGGUUGGUAGGAGAGGGAGUGGGUAUGGGAGGGGUUCAUGGUAG